UUGGCUAGUGCAAUCAGACAAUUGUGAACUAACAUCUGUUGGUCUGCACCUGUACAUAUAUCAGCCCGGUUUUCUCUGUGUCUCGCUCAGUGCAAUUUGCGUUGAAAAUACGCAUUUCUGUUGCGAGUAUCUGACUUGCUGAGUGGCUUCGUCAGAAACCAUCAAAUGCUGCCUCCAGCCACAUUCAAGAACUAUUAGAUCCUUCCCCGGAUCAUGCAUCUCCCAUCAUGUGUUCUGCUCUCCACAUUCCUGUCCACAGGCGUAACGGCCUUCUAUCCUUACUCGUUUAAACUCGAUAUUUCCAGCGGCAGCUCAUCGCCAGGAAAGCUGAAGAGUCGAUUCUUCCCAUGGACUCUGCCAGCCAAUGCUGACAACCAUGGAAUCAGCUUGGAUAUCAAGAAGGUGCCGAACAAUGUGAUCCGUCGAGAUAAUAACUAUCCAGUGAUCAAGGGAAAGACCCCGACCAUGUCUCACAGCGUCGCGAUCGAUGAAGACGGCCACGACUAUUCAUACUUCUCCGUGGUGGAUUUCGGGUCGCAAGGCAAGGAGAUGUGGAUGCUGUUGGAUACCGGUGGUCUCAACACAUGGGUCAUGGGUACGGACUGCACGUCCAAGGCCUGCGCACAACACAACACUUUUGGACCGAGCGAUUCGUCCAGUCUACAGGUCACGUCGAACUCGUGGGAUGUCGGCUACGGAAGCGGCAAAGUCAGUGGAGUCCUGGCCAGCGACAAGGUCUCGUUUGCCGGCUUCGAGUUUACAAUGACAUUUGGCUGGGCGAAGCAGACAUCGGACGACUUCCUGCAGUAUCCGUUCGACGGCAUAUUGGGUUUGGGCCGAUCAGACAACAACCAACUUGGCACCAAGAGCUUUAUGGAUGCUGUCUCGGAUGCGAAGUUGUUGAAGUCGAACAUUGUGGCUCUCAGUCUGCAGCGUGCUUCUGACGGGGCCAAGGAUGGUGAGAUUUCUUUCGGCGCUGUCGACCAGAACAAAUUUGCUGGCGAUAUUACCUACACCAACACGACCGGAGAUGCCUCCUUCUGGCAGAUUCCCCUGGAUGAUGCUAGUGUGGAUGGUAAGGCGUUGAAUUUGACUGGCAGGUCUGCAAUCAUCGACUCGGGAACCUCCUACAUCUUGAUCCCUCCUGCGGAUGCCAGCGCUCUGCAUGCUCUUAUCCCAGGCUCUUCGCCCUCGGGGGAGGAUUUCGUCAUCCCAUGCAGCUCAAACAGCACCGUGGCCAUCACAUUCUCCGGUGCUACGUAUGCCAUUUCCCCCAAGGAUUACGUCGGUUCAACUAUCGACAAUACCGGCAACAACUGCAUGUCGAACAUCAUCGGCCACACGACCUUCGGGAACACAGACUGGCUAGUGGGCGACGUUUUCAUGAAGAAUGUCUACUCUGUCUUCGACUAUGACAACAACCGAGUAGGGUUUGCCAACCGUGCUGAUCAGACUCCAUCCAAUUCGACUACCCAGCCCACCGUGGCAUCCAACGCCCAGGCUGUCUCGACGUCUAGUUCCACGGCUACGGCUUCGGCUUCGGGCACCUCUCCGCACCAAGCAGCGAAUGGAACCGCGGGUACAACUUCUGUCAAUCUCCCGCUCCUCCUCGCGGGCUUUGGAACCAUGCUCUGGCUGUCGCUUCUCUAAACGCUAGGCAGCUUGAGAAUCAAAAUGUCCCCGAACGUUCUCCGCGAGCAUCCAUCAUUGUUACUGAAGUGGACAUUCGAUAUACAAGAGCCUUGUGGACUACACUACAAGCUCCAUGUCCUAGGUCCGAUGCUUCUUUUGUACUCUAUUGCGCACCCUCUCUGAAACGUGCAUAGCCUCUACUACUACUUCCCUUCCUCCCGACCUAGCUGUACAGUCGGUCUGGCUGCAUAUUGCAAUCUAUAUCGCCUUUUAAUGUUUCCUGUCUCAUCUACCUGUCCUUAACAGCGUCUAUACGAGCAAGUGGAGCAAGCACCAUUACGGCUUGUACCCCUUGUGGCACUUUCGUUUUCGAUCAACUCCAUCACUGUCUUUCAUGCUGGC